GAACGGAGAUCGGUGCGUGACUCUCCGUGCGCUAUGCGGAUCUCUAUAUCUCUAUAUCUCGGCGGUUUAGCUGCUCGACUGGUAAUCAGAAGGUUGUUGGUUCAUACCCCACCCAGAGGCAAGGCUCUCAAGCCUCCAUCGCAAAAUGUGAACGUGCAGUCACAGGUGAAAAGAAGCGGAAGGAAGCAAGGAUCUGAGGAGCUCACCGAGGAACUGAAGAUGGGUCCUGUUCUGCAGAGAGAGGACGUCCAGGAAUUGGACAUCAGACCCGAACAUCUAGAGAAGCUGCGAGCCCCUCAGCCCCCGAAGGAUUCCCAGAAACCCAGACCAACGACCCGUGUGCUGGUCCGGAAGACACGCCCCUCUGACGAAGACCACCCUGGUAGAAGGGUCACCGUGGCGAGACCUCUCCCGCCGGACACUGCACCCGAGCCACUGGAUUAUACAGGGCCAGGAGGGCCACGCUUCGACAGCCAGGGCAUGGUCCUACCGCACAGCAUUCUGGGAAGCAUGGAGGACUUCCGAAUAGAGAUGGAAGCCCGAGGAGAGACGGAGCUUGUUAGGAGAAUCCCCGACGGGGCAGAGCAGCGCCCCCCGGAGGUCGAAGGAAGGACCAGGUCUCCCCACAGUCAUGAGCAGGAGUCGCAGGGCCACGCCCUUCUGAACUGGUCCUGUCACAUGGCGGAGAGACGAAGGCAGCAGGACUUUAUCGCCAAGUUGCUGCAGAAGCCGGUGGAGGACCUGCUGAUGAACCAGUCCAGCAGAUUCCGAGAGACUCAGGAGCUGAGGGAGCUGAUCGGCCGAGGACUUCCCGCUCUUCACCACGGACACGGCGCCCGGGUGGGCAGCGAGUUCUGGAGCGUACCGCAGCGCCUCGGGGACGAACUGAGCGGAAUCACGGCCACCCUGAUCCGGGCGCAGAGAGGCAACUGGCAACCCGUCGCUCGCAUCACGCAGCCGCAGAGCACACGCCUGGAGUCAGGCAAUUUCGAGGGUUCGACCAGCCGGGCGUGGAGUCGCAGUCAGUACCUGAAUGAUCUGCAGCAUGAACUCCAGAGUGUGCUGACCGACCAGCCGUUCAGUACACCCGAUUUGGACGGGUUGGAGAUCGUGGGUUCCAGUCGGCCCUUCACAUCUCGGUCGGCGGAGUCUUUACCUUCUCUUCUGGAAGGAAAACAGGAAGAGGAGAUGAUGCAACCUGAUGAAGAGUACGGCAAAGAGAACGAGGACCCGCUGGCACCGUUUGAUGACGUGGUCCUGGACGUCGAGCUGCUGCCCGCUCUCAGGAUUGGCGGCCAACUUGCCCUCUGGACCGGCGGAGCCGCCUCGUACCAGGGAGAGGUCGGCGUCUGCGCCAGGCUGACGUUCGAGGCAGCGGUCGGGACCCAGGUGAGCGCAGAUCUUGAGCUGAAAAACGAGGGCAGCACCGCCAUCUACUACAGCUGGCAGAGACUGGCACUGCCACACAGCUUUCCUGAAGCCAGAAGACCCACAUGGUCACAACACUUCUAUUUUAACAGUGCUACAGCGGCGAUACUGCCGGGCGACACCGUGCGGAUAGCGUUCACCUUCAAGAGCGGCUCGCCGGGAAUCGCGAGGGAGACGUGGCUGCUCCAUACGCACCCCGUACUGAUGGGCGGCGCCCCGCUGCAGGUCACGCUGAGGGGCGUGGCUCUGGACCAGGACCAGACUACAGACCAGAGAGCCGCAAUAGAGGCGGAGCUAGAGCGACGGAUGGCCGCGUCGGUGUGUAAGUCAGUAAUGUGUGAACUGCUACGCGGGGUUCAAACACCAGAGAGGCCGAGCUCACCGAUUCAGCUUGAUACCACGGAGGAGGAUGAAUUUAACGCCAACAAUCCUAUCCUGCACUACCAUAGUGAGCCAGUGGAGGCGCUAAAGAGAUUGUGGGAGCAGGCUAAAGGGUCAGGAUCUGAACAAACACCAGUAGUCCCAGAAGUUCCAGUCUGGGAUCUCUCCAUGAGCACUCUCCGCCAGGUCAUACUGUCUCUACCAUCAGAAGAUGCGCUGGCAAAAGAGGAAGGUGCCAGUCUGUACCUGGAAGAGGCUCUGAGCCAGUACAACACACUGAUCAUGCAGCUCCUCCAACCACAGCCCAACCCUGUCCCACUCGGGGUGCACGCUAUAGGACUGCAGUUAUGGAGGGAGCUGUUGGACGGCCUAGCCGGCGAGGCUCUGCGGCUCAGACGCUCGAUGGGACUGCCCGAGAAUGACAGUUGGGCGGACACCCAGCACGAGCAGGACGGCUGGGAGCAGGAACAGAAGGAGGAGAAGAUGGAGAGAAAUGCAACACCACCAGUUAAAGAUGACAAGAAAGCUGGGACUGUCAAGGAGAAAGUGGAGAAGAAAGCGGUCAAACCUGCAGCCAAACCGACAGGCAAGCAGGCAGCCAAGGAAAAACCGACGGAGGAACAGAGUGGCAGCAGGAAGAAGCUGAAGGAUGAGAAGAAAGCAACAAAAUUAGGGAAGGAGGCGAGCAGAGAGGCGUCCCCCGUCCCACCCAGUCCGGAGCCCGAGAGAACAGAGAGUCCUCAGCUGAAGCACGACGCAAUUAACCCUCAGCUGAAGCAGGACACAGUUAACCCUCAGCUGCAGCUACAAUACACACGAUCGCUGCACAAACAGGUCUACAUGCUGAUGGAGACGAUGAUCAAUUCUUUAUGUGACCUGUUCGACGAAGCUCAACAAAUCCAAGAAUUUAAUCCUUAAUGUUUCAUGCUGAAAAUCUAAAAAUAAAAAUAAAAAAACUCCGCUCACUGGA